GGCGUGAUGCGGCGGCGGUGGGGGCUCCGGCGGACGCGCCACCGGGAGGGAGGGUGCGCUGCCUAAGGGCUGCCUGAAGGGCUGCCCGACGGGCGGCAAAGGCAGCCGCAGCCAUGCGCGAGGAGGACCUCGAGGUCGCCAUCAAGGUGGUGAUCGUGGGCAACGGGGCGGUCGGCAAGUCCAGCAUGAUCCAGCGGUACUGCAAAGGCACCUUCACCAAGGACUACAAGAAGACGAUCGGCGUGGACUUCCUCGAGCGUCAGAUUGAGCUGGACGGCGAGGAGGUGCGCCUGAUGCUGUGGGACACGGCCGGGCAGGAGGAGUUCGACGCCAUCACCAAGGCGUACUACCGCGGCGCGCAGGCCUGCGUGCUGGCCUUCUCCACCGUGGACCGGGACUCGUUCGAGGCGGCCACGUCGUGGAAGAUGAAGGUGGAGGACGAGUGCGGCGACAUCCCCACCGUGCUGGUGCAGAACAAGGUGGACCUGCUGGACCAGAGCGUCGUCGACCCGGAGGAGGCCGACCUCCUGUCGCGCGCCCUGGGCUGCCGCCUCAUCCGCACGUCCGUCAAGGAGGACGUGAACGUGAACGCCGUGUUCAGGCACCUGGCGGCGUGCUGCCUGCAGGAGAUGCGGCAGCAGGACGACGACUACGCCAUGAACGGCAACGGACUCCACCCGCUCACCAUCAGUGCGUUCGGACCAACAAAUCAAAAUGGCAAAUCUCAUCAAAAUGGGACAAUAAUUUUACGCUCUGGGAAGCCUAGAAGACAUCGCAAGAGAAAUGUUCUAAAGAACGCCUGUCGAAUAUUAUGAUGAUGCCCUCAUCAGUGCUCAUUUUGCGCGGAGCGCACGACGCUGCCCGUGCCGGGUGGCGGCCCGCGCACAGGUCACUCAACCAAUUGUACCUCUUCUUAGGUUCACAUGAUGGGAUGCAGUCAAACUUGGAUUGUGGUCCUGUUCUUAUUGUGAUUUUUUCUGCAUAAUUUUAAGUGCAUUGUACAUUGUUUAUUUCUUUGAUACAUAUCUGGAUUAUAAUGAAUAAAAAAAAUAUUGGUCAAGUUAA